ACAAUAUCAAUGCCGUCUUGCGUAAAUAAAUGGAUUGGAUUGGUAUAAAAGUAUCAAAAAAUCUUCAAUAGACAUCAGUUAACAAACGAUCAUCAGAUCUACUCAUCUUUUCUUAAAAAGAAAAAAAAGCAAUCUUUACAAAAAUGAAAUUCGCUUUGGUUUUCGCCGCCACCAUCAUGGCUGUCUCAGCCGCCGGAUUCGACCAGUACGGUCGCUACAAGCCCGCUGCCCCCUCCAAGCCCGCAGCGGUUGCCAGCCGCGUCUCCAGCAGCGACCAAGCUGCCAACGUCCUCCGUUACGACAACGUCAUCAACCCUGACGGCAGCUACAGCUACGCUCUUGAAACUGACAACGGUAUCGCUGCUGCGGCUCAAGGAACCCCCAGAGACUUCGGUGGCAACCCCCCAGUAGUCCCAGUCGUCUCCCAGGGAUCUUUCUCAUGGACCUCUCCUGAGGGUCAGCCCAUCGUCAUCUCAUACGUCGCUGACGAGAACGGAUACCAGCCCACUGGUGACGCCAUCCCCACCGCCCCCGCAAUCCCUGAAGCUAUCCUCAGGUCCCUGGAGUACCUCUCCAAGGUCCAGAAGAAGUAAACGACGAAUAAACUAGUUUGACCAGGACGUGAUAUUUAUAUUGAAAAUAAAUUAUUAUUUAUAAUAAGAACAUGCCAUUCCGAAUGGUUUCCGUGAUUAAAAAAUUAUCAACUA